AUGAGUACUCCUUUCUCAGAGGAUAUCAUGAAUGUCCCGAAAGAGCCCAAGGUAAAAACUCCUGCCAUUGAAGCCUAUGACGGUACCACCGAUCCAGAUAUGCACCUAGUUGCAUACCGUCACCACAUGUAUGUUCAAGGAACCAAUGAAGCCACUUGGUGCAAUUACUUCCCUGCCACUCUUAAAGGGGUAGCGUCCAAAUGGUUUGAGCGACUACCACCGGGUCAAUUGCCUCUUCAACGAGCUGCAAACCCUGUUCUCCACCAGGUUCAUGGCACACAAGGAAGAAAGGAAAAUAAGGGAUUGAAGAAAGGAUCCUUCAAGUUUGACCUGGUCAAGAAAAGUGUGCGGACUAUGGCCGAAGUUUUGGACGAGGCUGAAGCAUUUAUCCAUGCAACAGAAAUAUGCAGCGCGUCAAAAGAUGGAAGGACUGGAGAAGCAACAGAUUCCUCUGGGAAGAAAGACAAAAUACACCGAAAAACCCCACGAUUAAAUGGUACUUGGGCUCUUUUAAAAGAGCAUGAUACCAACUCUCCUGGACACAAGAGAGAACUCCCACAAGAAAGAGAAUAUUUCGAGUACAACACAGAUCUCCUCAAGAUACUGAAAGACGUCGGAACCAGAUUUGACCUUGAACGGCCUUUUCCCAUGAAGUCUCCUGCUGAGAGUCGAGACCCUAAGCUAUAUUGUCAGUUCCAUGAAGAUAUAGGGCAUGAUACCAAGAACUGUAGAAGCUUGAAGAGAGCGCUAGAAGGCCUAGCCUCCAAAGGACACCUCAAGAACUACUUACAGAGAAAUGCUCACGACUCUGGAAAGAACCAGUGCAAAAAGAACAAGUCACCCGUCUCACCUACAGAGGGAAAUCACAGCGAAGGGGGAUUUGUAGCCGUCAUAUCUGGGGACCGCCUGCUGGAGGACCCACCAUGA